AUGGUUCGACAAACGACUUUAGCUCGAAUAGCACUUUCCGUGAGCAAUUUCAGUCAGAAAACAGGUUUUGGUCCAAAUCGUCUCUACAGGAAAGGUGUUCACUUCGUAGGAACGGAGCCUGAUGCGUUGAAGUAUCACUUGCUUCAAGACAAGAAGCCUGGUGAGCCUUAUGGGCUGCAAGGUUCCAACCACUUGCUGCCAGGUGUCGGUAAAGUCCACUCUAAACUGCCUGUUAGGGUUUAUAUGAAGAAGGACAAGGUAUAUUCAUGGUGCAGUUGUGGUUAUAGUGGAAACCAGCCACUGUGUGAUGGUUCGCAUAACUCGGUUCGAAUUCCAGACUUGAAAUUGAAACCAGUACGCUUUAUUCCCGAUAAUGAUAUUACAGUAUGGUUGUGUAAUUGCAAGCAAACAAAAAAUCGACCAUUUUGCGACGGAUCUCAUAAGAAACUCGUCGAUAAGAAGAAUACAAGUCUUUUUGACUGA